AUGCCCACCUAUGUGGUGUUAUGUGUGCCCACCUAUGUGGUGUUAUGUAUGCCCACCUAUGUGGUGUUAUGUAUGCCCACCUAUGUGGUGUUAUGUGUGCCCACCUAUGUGGUGUUAUGUCUGCCCACCUAUGUGGUGUUAUGUGUGCCCACCUAUGUGGUGUUAUGUGUGCCCACCUAUGUGGUGUUAUGUAUGCCCACCUAUGUGGUGUUAUGUGUGCCCACCUAUGUGGUGUUAUGUGUGCCCACCUAUGUGGUGUUAUGUAUGCCCACCUAUGUGGUGUUAUGUGUGCCCACCUAUGUGGUGUUAUGUAUGCCCACCUAUGUGGUGUUAUGUGUGCCCACCUAUGUGGUGUUAUGUGUGCCCACCUAUGUGGUGUUAUGUAUGCCCACCUAUGUGGUGUUAUGUAUGCCCACCUAUGUGGUGUUAUGUCUGCCCACCUAUGUGGUGUUAUGUAUGCCCACCUAUGUGGUGUUAUGUGUGCCCACCUGUGUGGUGUUAUGUGUGCCCACCUAUGUGGUGUUAUGUGUGCCCACCUAUGUGGUGUUAUGUGUGCCCACCUAUGUGGUGUUAUGUAUGCCCACCUAUGUGGUGUUAUGUAUGCCCACCUAUGUGGUGUUAUGUAUGCCCACCUAUGUGGUGUUAUGUGUGCCCACCUAUGUGGUGUUAUGUGUGCCCACCUAUGUGUUGUUAUGUGUGCCCACCUAUGUGGUGUUAUGUAUGCCCACCUAUGUGGUGUUAUGUGUGCCCACCUAUGUGGUGUUAUGUGUGCCCACCUAUGUGGUGUUAUGUGUGCCCACCUAUGUGGUGCUAUGUGUGCCCACCUAUGUGGUGUUAUGUGUGCCCACCUAUGUGGUGUUAUGUAUGCCCACCUAUGUGGUGUUAUGUGUGCCCACCUAUGUGGUGUUAUGUGUGCCCACCUAUGUGGUGUUAUGUGUGCCCACCUAUGUGGUGUUAUGUAUGCCCACCUAUGUGGUGUUAUGUGUGCCCACCUAUGUGGUGUUAUGUAUGCCCACCUAUGUGGUGUUAUGUAUGCCCACCUAUGUGGUGUUAUGUGUGCCCACCUAUGUGGUGUUAUGUAUGCCCACCUAUGUGGUGUUAUGUGUGCCCACCUAUGUGGUGUUAUGUGUGCCCACCUAUGUGGUGUUAUGUGUGCCCACCUAUGUGGUGUUAUGUGUGCCCACCUAUGUGGUGUUAUGUGUGCCCACCUAUGUGGUGUUAUGCGUGCAUGUGCAUGUGCGACUGGGCAGGGGAGUCAUUCCCAUGGCAGACGCGGGGCUCAAGGCAUUCCCAGGCGACCUGGAGGUCAUGCACGCUAAGGCGUCCAGCCUGCACAUGCUGGGCGAGCAUGCUGCUGCUAUGCGGUUUUACGACGAGCUGCUCUCCUCACCCAUUCAACCGGGCGAGCAGACAUCAUACCGCGACAGGACCUUCUUUCAGCGCCACCUGCUGGCCUACACGGUGUCGCGCCUCGACCAGCCCUUCUCUGCCUUCCGCAUUGAUGACGACCUUGAUGAGGAGUGGCGGGUGAGAGUGGGGGGUGGGAGUGGAGUGGAGGGUGGGAGACAUAGGGCACGUGUGAGUGAAGAGACAGACUCAAUUCCCCUAAUUAUCCCCACUCUUCCCUGCUCUUCCCCUCCCCUCCCCACCUCUCCCCUCCCCCCCUCUCCCCUCACCCCUCCCCUUGUGCACCUCCCUCUCACCCACCCCUUCUUCUCCCCCCAUGGGCGCCAGGACAAGUGGGCGACGGGGGGGCGGCCGGAGGAGCUGCCGGGCUUCGUCCCGCUGGCGAUCCCCGUGCACCAGUUGCAAGCUGCCACGUGGCAGCGACUGCCGCGCCUGUCAGGGGCGGCAGUGCAGCUGGUGGAAGCGGCGGACGUGAUUGGUGCUCGCACUCACUACGACACCGAUAACAUGCUGCAUAACACCCAGCAGGUGCGCCUGGCAUGGCAUGGCAUAGCAUCUGCGCAUGGCAGAGCUGGCGGCCCUAGACAUGAUCAGAUGCGUAUCGCCCCUUGCCUCUCCUCCCCUCUCACCCCAACCAACCCAUCCACCCCGUCCUCCACCCCUCAGCUGCGCAUGGCAGGGCUGGCGGCCCUGGACGUGAUGCAGCAGGUGAGGCGCACGCUGCUGCUCAUUGCGGAUCAGAUGCGCAUCGCCCCUUUGCUCUUUGGGGCCGACGCGGGGGAUGGGGACGGUGGGGCAGGUGCGGCCGACGGGGCGAGUGGGGGGCGGGAGCUGUGGCGGGAGCAGCUGGAGGAGGCGCAGCAGCAGAGGCUGGGCGGGCAGCGCACUGGCCGCAGCCGUCAAAGCAGCAGCAGCGGCGGCGGUGGCAGCAGCGUGGCUGAAGGCACUGAGGAAAGCAGCACUGACAGCAGCAGCAGCGGUAGCAGCAGCAGCAGCAGCAGUAGCAGCAGCAGCAGCCGUGGGGGUGGGCAGAGUCUGUUGGACCGAUCUGACCUCAUGACGAGCUGGCGCCACAUGUUCCGAGUGCUGGUGGCGUGGAGGCAGGUGUCAGACGCCACGGAGACCGUCGCAUGGAAGACGUUCGCCCAGGGGCAGGCAUGGCCGGAGGACAUGCUGUAUUGCACCGGCACACCCAUCUUCACAUGGGUCAUGGGCACCGCUCGCUACCUCGCCGCCUAUCCCAACCCUCUUCCUUUCCUCCCAGCCCUCUUCCUUUCCUCCCAGCCCUCUUUCUUUCCUCCCAGCCCUCUUCCUUUCCUCCCAGCCCUCUUCCUUUCCUCCCAGCCCUCUUCCUUUCCUCCCAGCCCUCUUCCUUUCCUCCCAGCCCUCUUCCUUUCCUCCCAGCCCUCUUCCUUUCCUCCCAGCCCUCUUCCUUUCCUCCCAGCCCUCUUUCUUUCCUCCCAGCCCUCUUCCUUUCCUCCCAGCCCUCUUCCUUUCCUCCCAGCCCUCUUCCUUUCCUCCCAGCCCUCUUCCUUUCCUCCCAGCCCUCUUCCUUUCCUCCCAGCCCUCUUCCUUUCCUCCCAGCCCUCUUCCUUUCCUCCCAGCCCUCUUCCUUUCCUCCCAGCCCUCUUCCUUUCCUCCCAGCCCUCUUCCUUUCCUCCCAUCCCUCUUCCUUUCCUCCCAGCCCUCUUCCUUUCCUCCCUGCCCUCUUCCUUUCCUCCCUGCCCUCUUCCUUUCCUCCCAGCCCUCUUCCUGUCCUCCCAGCCCUCUUCCUUUCCUCCAUGCCCUCUUCCUUUCCUCCCAGCCCUCUUCCUUUCCUCCCAGCCCUCUUCCUUUCCUCCCUGCCCUCUUCCUUUCCUCCCAGCCCUCUUCCUUUCCUCCCAGCCCUCUUCCUUUCCUCCCAGCCCUCUUUCUUUCCUCCCAGCCCUUUUCCUUUCCUCCCAGCCCUCUUCCUUUCCUCCCAGCCCUCUUCCUUUCCUCCCAGCCCUCUUCCUUUCCUCUCAGCCCUCUUCCUUUCCUCCCAGCCCUCUUCCUUUCCUCCCAGCCCUCUUCCUUUCCUCCCAGCCCUCUUCCUUUCCUCCCAGCCCUCUUCCUUUCCUCCCAGCCCUCUUCCUUUCCUCCCAGCCCUCUUCCUUUCCUCCCUGCCCUCUUCCUUUCCUCCCUGCCCUCUUCCUUUCCUCCCAGCCCUCUUCCUGUCCUCCCUGCCCUCUUCCUUUCCUCCCUGCCCUCUUCCUUUCCUCCCAGCCCUCUUCCUUUCCUCCCAGCCCUCUUCCUUUCCUCCCAGCCCUCUUCCUUUCCUCCCAGCCCUCUUCCUUUCCUCCCAGCCCUCUUCCUUUCCUCCCAGCCCUCUUCCUUUCCUCCCAGCCCUCUUCCUUUCCUCCCUGCCCUCUUCCUUUCCUCCCUGCCCUCUUCCUUUCCUCCCAGCCCUCUUCCUGUCCUCCCUGCCCUCUUCCUUUCCUCCCUGCCCUCGUCCUUUCCUCCCAGCCCUCUUCCUUUCCUCCCAGCCCUCUUCCUUUCCUCCCAGCCCUCUUCCUUUCCUCCCAGCCCUCUUCCUUUCCUCCCAGCCCUCUUCCUUUCCUCCCUGCCCUCUUCCUUUCCUCCCAGCCCUCUUCCUUUCCUCCCAGCCCUCUUCCUUUCCUCCCAGCCCUCUUCCUUUCCUCCCAGCCCUCUUCCUUUCCUCCCAGCCCUCUUCCUUUCCUCCCAGCCCUCUUUCUUUCCUCCCAGCCCUCUUCCUUUCCUCCCAGCCCUCUUCCUUUCCUCCCAGCCCUCUUCCUUUCCUCCCAGCCCUCUUCCUUUCCUCCCAUCCCUCUUCCUUUCCUCCCAGCCCUCUUCCUUUCCUCCCUGCCCUCUUCCUUUCCUCCCUGCCCUCUUCCUUUCCUCCCAGCCCUCUUCCUGUCCUCCCAGCCCUCUUCCUUUCCUCCAUGCCCUCUUCCUUUCCUCCCAGCCCUCUUCCUUUCCUCCCAGCCCUCUUCCUUUCCUCCCUGCCCUCUUCCUUUCCUCCCAGCCCUCUUCCUUUCCUCCCAGCCCUCUUCCUUUCCUCCCAGCCCUCUUUCUUUCCUCCCAGCCCUUUUCCUUUCCUCCCAGCCCUCUUCCUUUCCUCCCAGCCCUCUUCCUUUCCUCCCAGCCCUCUUCCUUUCCUCUCAGCCCUCUUCCUUUCCUCCCAGCCCUCUUCCUUUCCUCCCAGCCCUCUUCCUUUCCUCCCAGCCCUCUUCCUUUCCUCCCAGCCCUCUUCCUUUCCUCCCAGCCCUCUUCCUUUCCUCCCAGCCCUCUUCCUUUCCUCCCUGCCCUCUUCCUUUCCUCCCUGCCCUCUUCCUUUCCUCCCAGCCCUCUUCCUGUCCUCCCUGCCCUCUUCCUUUCCUCCCUGCCCUCUUCCUUUCCUCCCAGCCCUCUUCCUUUCCUCCCAGCCCUCUUCCUUUCCUCCCAGCCCUCUUCCUUUCCUCCCAGCCCUCUUCCUUUCCUCCCAGCCCUCUUCCUUUCCUCCCAGCCCUCUUCCUUUCCUCCCAGCCCUCUUCCUUUCCUCCCUGCCCUCUUCCUUUCCUCCCUGCCCUCUUCCUUUCCUCCCAGCCCUCUUCCUGUCCUCCCUGCCCUCUUCCUUUCCUCCCUGCCCUCGUCCUUUCCUCCCAGCCCUCUUCCUUUCCUCCCAGCCCUCUUCCUUUCCUCCCAGCCCUCUUCCUUUCCUCCCAGCCCUCUUCCUUUCCUCCCAGCCCUCUUCCUUUCCUCCCUGCCCUCUUCCUUUCCUCCCAGCCCUCUUCCUUUCCUCCCAGCCCUCUUCCUUUCCUCCCAGCCCUCUUCCUUUCCUCCCAGCCCUCUUCCUUUCCUCCCAGCCCUCUUCCUUUCCUCCCAGCCCUCUUUCUUUCCUCCCAGCCCUCUUCCUUUCCUCCCAGCCCUCUUCCUUUCCUCCCAGCCCUCUUCCUUUCCUCCCAGCCCUCUUCCUUUCCUCCCAGCCCUCUUCCUUUCCUCCCAGCCCUCUUUCUUUCCUCCCAGCCCUCUUCCUUUCCUCCCAGCCCUCUUCCUUUCCUCCCAGCCCUCUUCCUUUCCUCCCAGCCCUCUUCCUUUCCUCCCAGCCCUCUUCCUUUCCUCCCAGCCCUCUUCCUUUCCUCCCAGCCCUCUUCCUUUCCUCCCAGCCCUCUUUCUUUCCUCCCAGCCCUCUUCCUUUCCUCCCAGCCCUCUUCCUUUCCUCCCAGCCCUCUUCCUUUCCUCCCAGCCCUCUUCCUUUCCUCUCAGCCUUCUUCCUUUCCUCCCAGCCCUCUUCAUUUCCUCCCAUCCCUCUUCCUUUCCUCCCAGCCCUCUUCCUUUCCUCCCAGCCCUCUUCCUUUCCUCCCAGCCCUCUUCCUUUCCUCCCAGCCCUCUUCCUUUCCUCCCUGCCCUCUUCCUUUCCUCCCUGCCCUCUUCCUUUCCUCCCAGCCCUCUUCCUGUCCUCCCUGCCCUCUUCCUUUCCUCCCUGCCCUCGUCCUUUCCUCCCAGCCCUCUUCCUUUCCUCCCUGCCCUCUUCCUUUCCUCCCAGCCCUCUUUCUUUCCUCCCAGCCCUCUUCCUUUCCUCCCAGCCCUCUUCCUUUCCUCCCAGCCCUCUUCCUUUCCUCCCAGCCCUCUUCCUUUCCUCUCAGCCUUCUUCCUUUCCUCCCAGCCCUCUUCAUUUCCUCCCAUCCCUCUUCCUUUCCUCCCAGCCCUCUUCCUUUCCUCCCAGCCCUCUUCCUUUCCUCCCAGCCCUCUUCCUUUCCUCCCAGCCCUCUUCCUUUCCUCCCAUCCCUUUCCCUUUCCUCCCAGCCCUCUUCCUUUCCUCCCAGCCCUCUUCCUUUCCUCCCAGCCCUCUUCCUUUCCUCCCAGCCCUCUUCCUUUCCUCCCAGCCCUCUUCCUUUCCUCCCUGCCCUUUUCCUUUCCUCCCUGCCCUCUUCCUUUCCUCCCAGCCCUCUUCCUUUCCUCCCUGCCCUCUUCCUUUCCUCCAUGCCCUUCCUUCCUUCCUUGCCCUUCCUUCUCUCCCUCCAUCCCCAUCACAGGGCGGUGAGCAUCACAAUGCGGGGCCUGCUGCAGGCGGUGAACGUCACAAGGAGCGGCCUGCUGCAGGCAGAGAGGGCGUUUGAUGCCGACUCGCACCAGCCCUUGGACGUGCCUCGCUCCACCUUGGACGUGCCUCGCUCCACCUUCGGCGCCCAGGUGCUGGAAGGAGCGGAGAAUCACAAGGGGCUCUUCAACGUGAUUGGCCGGGACUUCUACGUGCGUCUGCCAUGCUACAGCCGGGCAUUCCCAGGCUGCAUGCACCUGUUCUGGCUCUUAAUCCUCAUUGAUUGCCCCUUCCCGCCCACCCUCCCGUGCAGGAAAGAUUUGGGCGGCACAGAGUUCAAAUUACAAAAACGCCCGUUGGCAAGGGACUCUGACAUGUUCACCACAGUAGACUCGGCGUGGUGGAAUGCAUUUGAUUCGGAGGUCACAGCGGCGUGGCAGGGCGUCAUGGAGGCCGCACUGGACCACGUCUUUCCCCUCUCUCUUCUCCCCAUUCCACCACACCCACUCCCCAUCAACACUCCCCCAUCCACCCAGCCCCCUGGCAUGGACUUUGAGACAGUGACCCCCAUCGACUCAACGCGGUGGAAUGCAUUCGACUCGGAGCUCACAGCGGCGUGGCAGGGCUUCAUGGCGGCUGCACUGGACCACGGCACCAAGGCCACGUCACCACAGGCGUACCGCGAGCGCAUCCAGGAUCAGAUCAUCGCCAUCGCCUACUACUGGUUCCAGCUGAUGCCGCUGUCUCGCGGGUCGGCCAUGGUGGGUCUCAUGUCCAUCCUUGGCCUCUCCAUGGCUGCUGACAUGCAAACCACUACGCAUGUUCCUCGAGACCUCCUCGUGAGUCGAUGCUGCAUAGGACUCUGUACCGCCUCUUCCUUCCUCUCCCAGCAUAUCCUCCUUCACCCCACUCCACCCCCGACCAAACCACAACAGGUGGAUUGGGAAGCACUAAUAGCCACUAGCUUUGAUGAUUUCAAGCGUGUUUUGACUCCAUGGCUGUUUGAGAGGACACAGCGAGUGCCGUUCCGCCUGCCUAGUGUGCGGGACACGCUCCCCACGACGCGGCAUGUGAUAGCUGCAUUGAGCAAUGCUAGUGGGAUGAGGGUGAGAGAUGCUGAUAGCAAGUGGCGUGCAUGCAUGUCUUGUACAUGA